AUGGCUACCCUGCCCAAGGACUCGGGUAUCCUGAUUCCCGGAUACUGGAUGCUGUUUGUUAUGGACCGUGAUGGCGUGCCUAGCAUUGCCAAGGAAAAUUAUGAUGAUUGGCUUGACAACACGAAGACUAUCCAGCCAACACGGAGGAACGUUGGAUCGUUCAUGAGAAUUGAGCUGCUGGUUAGAAAGUGGUUUUGGCGUGAACCCGGGGGCCGAAAGAAUCGCCAGAAUGACGGCACGGUGGCAGAAUCAUCGAGCAGAUUUACUCCCCAAAAAGGUUCAGCUGCCUCGGGAGCAGUUCUCGAGGAGGCCGUUGUGAGGGUAUAUGCCUGGAUCCUCAAAUACCUUGUUGAGGCCAAACGCUACUUUGAACAAGAAACAGGA